AUGACUCCAAGCACGACCUCCGAAACGGCCCCGUCUCAUUCUCCGAGACAAACAGUGGCCAUGAGGAAAGAAGCACUUGAAUUGCGAAAGACGCUGAAACCGUUGAUGGAAAAGAGAAGGCGCGCUCGCAUCAAUGACAGCCUAAACCAACUGAAGGCGCUGAUUCUUCCCCUAACAGGAAAAGACAAUUGUCGCUACUCCAAGCUCGAAAAAGCCGAUAUCUUGGAGAUGACCGUGAGAUUCCUCAAGGAAAUCCCAGCCUCUUCACCUAAAGAUCAGACUGAGAGCUUCAAUGAAGGCUACAAAGCGUGCCUCCAGCGCGUUUCCACGCUGAUCCCCAAAGCAAACCUGGACAAAGAGGCCAGCCAGCGGGUCAACAACUUCAUCAGGCAAUCUGUGCCUGUUGCAGCCUGUCAGAACUGUUGUCCCCAGAGCUCAAGGAUGCUCCCGCAAAUUCAGCAGAGACUGAGCAACAAGCCAUCAGUCCCGACCGGCGACAUCCAAGUCAUCAUCGCUCCCAUCCCCAGUCGACCACAGCCUGCACAGCAGCCAGCCAAUGCCUGCAUGUGGAGACCUUGGUAG